UCUGGUAAUAUUUAAAUUGGGAAAUCCAUAUUUGAUUUAUUGAAAGAAGCUUAUAGCAAAUCGAAUCAAGCUGCAGACCAUAUUUAUGUAGAAGUAAAGGCACAAAGAUGGAUGCAGUACUGGCUGUGAAAUCCCGAAAACUUUAAAUUUGACACAUAAACAAGUUUGCUCAUUUUAUUGCAACGGCACGGCCUUCAUGCAUUAUACAUGUAGGAAUACAAGUGUGAUAAAUAUCGAAGAAAAUGCACAAUUGUGUUUUUUUUUUGUUGUUUUUUUUUUUUACAGAACGUGCAUGUGUGUUAGUAUGACUGUGUGAACUAGAGGAAGAGGAGGGGGGACAGCACAGCAGAGGAGAGAAAAGAAGACACCACCCAACUCUGUCGGGAAGGGGAGGUGGUGCGCGCAGAGGAGGCUGAGGAGGAGAGCAGCACCACGGACAGCUCCCUGUAGCAGCGGCAGCGGCGGCGGCGCGGACUUUCUGCUCUGAAAGAAAAAAAAAAGAACACUUGGAUUUUGAUUUUUAUACAAUUUAAGAAGAGCAAAGAACAUCUAUUUUUAUGACUGUAAAGACUGAACACAGAAUCAGCAGCGAAGUUUCUCAUCACUCCAAGGCGUUUUCUCUCCCCCCUGUUUGGACUACAUCCUAAAAAUAAGUUGAUCUACUUUCUUCGUAUGGAAAGCUUUUUUCUUUGUUUGGAAAUACUACCAGGAACAAAAAAAAUACGCAUGCAAGGCAAGUUUUCUUCACUCAAUGCAUUAAGGUUUCUUUCAGCGUACAUAUAAUGCUGUUUUCCCCAGAGGCAGUCUACUGCCUACAGCCACUAAUGUGAGCCUCUAAUUCAGUUUUCCACUCUCGCAGCACUGAUUCUUUUCUUCCUCCACCAAAGUCACCCACGAGGCGAGCUGCAUGCCCAGCAACGGAUAAAUAAACAUACACUAGUGGGUUCUAAUGUUACCGAAUUAAUGUCGAUGGAGGGAAAACGUAAAAGGGGAUGGUUCUGAGAUGAAGUUGGAGACUCUGUCACCAAAUACAGGAGGACGCACCUUUUGACAGCCUUUAUUUCUAUUUUUUCAUUAUAUUGAAAGCUCCUGCAGGGAGACGAGAAGAAUGGCGCUGAGUGGAAACUGCAGAACUAUUCCCAAAGACCUGCAGGCUUCAGUUCAGAACAGUUUCCCAGAUGUUGUUGAGUUAAACGUAGGAGGGCAGGUUUAUUACACCCGCCACUCAACUUUGGUGGGGACCCCGAAUUCGUUGCUCGGUAAGCUGUUCUCCUCCAAAAAAGACGCAUCUAACGAUUUGGCGAGAGACCCCAAGGGCCGGUACUUCAUCGAUAGGGACGGGUUUUUAUUCCGAUAUGUUCUGGACUACCUCCGGGACAAGCAAGUCGUCCUCCCGGACCACUUCCCCGAGAAAGGGAGGCUCCGGAAAGAGGCAGAAUACUUCCAGCUGCCCGACCUGGUGAAGCUUUUGACCCCAGAGGACAUCAAGCACAGUCCGGACGACUUCUUUCACAGCGACCACGAAGAUGGCUCUCAGGGUAGCGACCACCGACAGUGCCCUCCGCCCUCUCUGGUCCCCGCGGACAGGAAGAGCGGUUUCAUCACGGUGGGAUACCGGGGGUCGUGCACAAUGGGCCGGGAGAGCCAGAGCGACGCCAAGUUCAGGAGAGUACCUCGGAUACUGAUCUGCGGCAGGGUGGCUCUGGCUAAAGAGGUGUUCGGGGAGACUCUAAACGAGAGCCGGGAUCCGGACAGGACCCCGGAGCGAUACACCUCCCGGUUUUAUCUCAAGUUCAAGCAUCUGGAGAGAGCGUUUGAUAUGUUGUCGGAGUGCGGUUUCCAGAUGGUGGCCUGCAACUCCUCAGUCACAGCCUCGUUUGUCAACCAGCACACAGAGGACAAGAUUUGGUCCAGCUACACUGAAUACGUCUUCUACCGUGGUCCAUCACGCUGGUCUUCUCCUCCAUGUGACUGCUGCUGCAAGAACCACAAGGGUGAUGGCGAAGGCGAGAGUGGCACUUCGUUCAACGAGCUUUCAACCUCCAGCUCGGAGAGCCAAUCGGAGACCAGCUCUCCCCAGGGAACAGUCAUCAGAGGUCCAGUCACCCGUCAGUCGCACCCUCAUGCCAAGGUCCAGACCCUCGACAGGCCACCUAAGAAAGGCCCAGUUAGCAUGAUUCAGCAGUCUGACCAGCGACGAAAGAGUGACUUGCUGCGCACUCUUACAGCCAGCUCGCGAGACACCAGUGGCUGCAAGAAACGACCCGUAAAAGAAAAGCCAACGGUUCAGGAGGAGCUGCAAAAAUGCAUUCAAGACUUCCACAAGAUCAAGAUCCCAGAGAGGUUUCCUGGAAGGCAGUACGUGUGGCAGACCGACCUGCUGAGAAAGUACCGCCUUUGAGCCUGAAUUUUGGAGGGAAGCAUGGAGGGAGCAAGCAAGCACAUGGCCAAGGAUCAGUUUACGUGUUUUUCCAUCAUGGAUUUUUUCAAACAAAAUCAACUUUGAGGAGGACACUUCAUGACAGGAUGUUGAAAGUCAAAAGAAAGAAAUAAUCAUCAAAAAAGGCAGUUGCAAAGGCUCUUGGUAAAUGUAGUAUGUACAGUAUGUGUUUAUAUGUAGUUUAGACCAAGUAAAUACUCUAUGUAUGUGCAGUAACUUGCAGACUGCAUCAGCAUUGGACCAAAACAGCAGAGCUAACUGAUCAAACAACUGAAAUCAUUACUGGCUGCACCUGGUGUUACUGAUGGCUAAUGGAUUGCACGGACUGUAAUCAGCCAUCCUUUUGACAGAAAAAAUUACAAAGCAACAUUUCUGAUCCAACAAAGACAAACACUGAUUUACUGCGUGAUGGUGUGAGUGCGGUGGUGUGUACGUGUGUGUUUGUGCCCAGGUGGCCUGGAGGUCAAAGAUAAAUCUGCAUCGGGACUCAUCAAUAAUUCAUGCAGUUCCAACAGAGCUCUCACCAUAAAUACUCCCUGAGAUCUCUGCUGCCACAGUGGCACAAACAGCUGGGCUGAUUACUUUACUUUUAGGUAACAUUUGGAGAGUCUUGAGCCAGAAGGAGGCACAAUUUCAUCAGCAUAUAAAUUAAUUCCCCUUCUUAGAGGCAGGUUAUGUUGCAAAUGUGCCCCAAGAGCACCAAGCAGCAGCACAUUGCUCUAAUUUUUACGAAGCUGCCUG